AUGAACCGACCGGUUAAUCUUGGAAAGAAUCAGACAGAGCUCAGAGUCGGAGGAUGGAUUAUAAACCGGUGAGUCGAAUGCGGGACAUCUGCCUCUGCUACCUCCAUCACUGUUUUCCCUUUGCUUCUGCUUUCACCUCCAGACUACUGCUUUUUUUUCCACAUCUGUAUGAAUGAAAUGUCAUGGUUUGCCUGCGUCUCCCCAGGUUCUCAUCUUCGUACUGUUCAUCGUGCCCAUGUGGUCGUCCAAGAUGUUCCGGUGCUAUAACGACCAGGAGCUACAGGCAGCGGCGGACAGGAAGCUGAGGACGCACUACCUGCGGCCCACAGAGGCUCCGCGGACAACGGCUCGCAGCUCAUCUUACUCUUGUCCCCUGGAACUUUACAAGACGCCGCUGUCAGAUGAGCAGCGAGACAGGUCUCUGUCCCCCUGGAGAUUCGUAACUCACAUCAAGGAAGAUCACUUUCCUUCGACAUAUGUUGGUGCUCAGUGCCUGUGUUCAGGAUGCAUCCAGCUCAAAGACAAUAAAAUGAUUGAGGACUAUGACUACAACUCAGUUCCCAUCGUUCAGAACAGAGUGUUUCUCAAAAAGGAGCUUUGUGACGAUAAGAAGACUUACCGUCUGAGGCCAGUGAAUGUGGAAGUAGCUGUGGGGUGUACCUGUGUCAGACCCCAGAGCUCCUAGGGGAGAACCAUCCAGACCUGCUAUCACAUGACACGCAUAAAAUGCAUGAAGUUCAUGAAAUGCACCAAGUCUAAUCAGCAGUGUGAAGUCCUGCAGCAUGCUCAUAGUGAGCAGGCUGUGACUUAGAAGGAACAUCGCUGGGAAUAUUUAAUGCGGCUUCAAAAGUCACACAAGCCUAUUUAUACACUUAGCUAUUUACUGUUUAUUUAUCAAUAAUAUGUUUUGUAGAUGUUUGCUCUCUUAGUUCUGUUUACAGACUCCUGCAUAGUGCAGUAAAUGUAAUCUGGGUAUUUUAUUACUUGAUUUAAUUCAUAUUGAUGACCUUCUCAUUGAAAAAAGCUAUUAUAUAGUUUUGUUACAUAACAAUAACUUCAAAUGGUAUUUGAAGAAUGAUCUAUUUAUUUGGUCUGCUACUCUACUUUGUAUUUAUUUAUGCUCAAGGUUUUGUCCUAGUGGGACUAUAUAAGUCUAGUGAAGACUUCAAGUUUAGCUUCUUUGAAGCAAAAUAAAGAAAAUGUCUGCAUUUCAAAAAAAAAAAGAGUAUGUGUUUCUGUUACUGGAUCGUGUAAAACAACCACACAAUCUUCCAAAAUACCUAGUGUCAGUAGGUUUCAGUGAUUUGAAUAUGUAAAACAUGUUUACUAUUGUUAACACAUCUCUAGUAUUUAUUCUAAUGUUGGAAUUUCCACUUAUAGUCUUAUAGCCACCACGUGCUUCACAAUAAAAAAACAGAAAAAAAAAAACUACAGAACUUAAUUUUAAUAUUGUUAAAAAAUUUCCAAAUGUAAGUCUAAAAAGAUGCAUUUUUACCUGCCUCUUGAAAGAGACCACUGAGUCCACAGAUCUCAAGAUCUCAGAGUCUGGGGGACACUGUGGCAAAGCUCCAGUUUUCAGUCUCGUAUUAUUCAAAACAAGUAGUCCCUGAUCACAUGACUUCAAGGAGCUGCUGGGAAUGUAUGGAGGAGCUCCGGAAGUCAAAAACAGAAUCUUAAAAUGGACCCAGAAUUCAGUGUGGAGCUGGGUCAGCAAUGGUGAGGUAUGAAAGUACUUAGAACAAUAAGCCUCACAGUAGUGUUCUGAAUGUGAUGGCAUCAGCCACACAUGGGUAAAUCAGUCCAUUUGUUCACUUUAUUAGUUUGGUUUGCAGUUUUCUUCAUUACUAUAAUUCAUUAAUCAUUUUUAAAUGGUUUGGCCAAACCACCAUAAAAGCUACACUCUUGUGUCUUUGUAAUUAGGUCAGUUUGUGAGUUAAGUUGUGUCCGA